GCCUUGCGCGCGAGAACAUGGCGGCGUCCUGGUGGAGGUCUUGAGGGGGGCCCAAGUUCGUAUGGCGUUGGCGUCGGGGCCCGCGAGGCGGGCACUGGUUCGCCCUGGGCGGCUCGGCCUUGGGGACUGCGCGGCUCCGAGACGCGGGGCGUACGAGUGGGGCGUGCGCUCCACGCGGAAGCCCGAGCCUCGUCCCCUGGACAGGGUGUACGAGAUCCCUGGACUGGAGCCCAUCACGUACGCGGGGAAGAUGCACUUCAUGCCCGGGCUGGCGCGGCCGGUCUUCCCGCCCUGGGACCCCGGUUGGACGCACCCAAAGUUCCGCCGCCCGACCCCGGUUCACGAGCAGCCGCUGUACAAGGAUCAGGCCUGCUACGUCUUCCACCAGCGUUGCCGCCUCCUCGAGGGUGUAAAGCAGGCCCUCUGGCUUACCAAAGCCAAGUUAAUAGAAGGCCUUCCCGAGAAAGUGCUUAGCCUUGCCGCUGAUCCAGAGAACUACAUAGAGAACCAAGAUGAACGCCUUCUGAACGUGAUCUCUCACGCCCGUCUCUGGCACUCCACUGAAGACACCCCGAAGAGAGAGGUCUACUGCCCAGUCAUUGUGGACAGUCUGAUACAGCUGUGUAGAUCCCAAAUUCUCAAGCAUCCUUCUCUGGCCAGACGGAUGUGCGCCAAAAACUACACGUUAUCCACCACCUGGAGUCGAGAGUCUUUUCUCCUUCAGGUCCGUGGUUCCAGUGGAGCCCGACUGAAUACCAAGGAUCCGCUGCCCACCGUCGCCUCCAAAGAGGAGGUUGAAGCUACUGAGAAUCACGUUCUUGAGACCUUCUAUCCCAUAUCUCCCACUAUUGAUCUUCAGGAAUGCAGUGUUUAUGAUGUGGAAGACAACACAGGAUUCCAGGAGGGUUAUCCUUACCCCUAUCCCCACACCCUGUAUUUCCUGGAGUCAGCCAAUUUACGACCACACCGCUUUCAACCAGAUCAGCUGCGGGCCAAAAUGAUCCUGUUUGCCUUUGGCAAUGCCCUGGCUCAGGCCCGGCGCCUCUAUGGGAAUGACACUAAGGUUUUGGAGCGGCCAGUAGUUGUGCAGAGUGUGGGCACCGAUGGACGUGUCUUCCAGUUCCUGGUGCUGCAGCUGAACACCACAGAGCUGGCCUCUAACAAGGGCGUCAAGAAUCUGGUCUGGGUGGACUCAGACCAGCUCCUCUAUCAGCAUUUCUGGUGUCGCCCAGUGAUCAAAAAGAAGGUGGUUGUGGAACCUGUUGGGCCAACUGGUUUCCAGCCAGAGACAUUCAGGAAGUUUUUAGCUCUGUAUUUGCAUGGUGCUGUGUGAGCCAAGGACCAUUCUGAGGUCUGAAGCCCCCUUGCCCCCCUCCCGCAGAAGAUCCUGUAUCCAGAGCAGUGCUGGGCCUGCCCGGAGCCUCCGUGCUCAUCCGGCCUGCUGUCUGGCUGCCAAUAAAGAGCCUUCUGGUACA